AUGAAUGCACGGAUGAGAUAGAGACAUUGGAUUUGCAUCGGCAGGGAAGACCAGGAGAAGAUGACGAUGGUGGCGUCUGAAGCAGGAGGAAAAUGCAAGAAACACCCGGAACAAGAACAGCUACCAGGGGUUUGUUCCGCUUGUCUGAGAGAGAGGCUGUCUCAGCUGUAUGGUUGUAAAUCACAAAACAAAGCUGUGAAUAUGAUGGGUGUUUCUUCUUGCUCCUCUCUAUCUUCUUCUCCUCCUUAUUCUUCAGCUUCCUCUUCUACUCUUGUCUCUCCCAAUCGUAGUAAUCAUUAUCGGCGGGCUUCGGAAGUAACGGCAAAAAUCGCCAUGGUAAUAGGUGGUGGCCAUGGUGGUGGGCUGAAAAAGAGCAGAUCAGUAGCCGUCGUUCCGAGCGGCCGAGGCGGAGAUGGGAAGACUAAGAAAGGAGGGUUUUGGUCGAAGCUGCUUCGCUCCAGGGGAGACAGGAGCAAGAGAGAUUUCAUGCAUUCCAAAUGGAGAUUGGACUAGUGCGUACGGCACUUUUUGGGUUUAUCGUCGUUUUGGGGGUAUGAAUAAAAAUCAAAACAAUAGGAUUAAGCUUCCCUUUUUUGGUGUAAAGUUUUGUGUAGUAUGAUGAUGAAUAUAUGGAAGACCACUAUUCAGUAGGAGAUUUAAUAUCUUCAA